AUGCAGUCCUUGUGGAGAACGGCGACAAGCCGACAAUGCUUCAACUCUUCAAGACCGACAGCGGCACAGGUUUGGGCAUCUUCAGGAGCGACCAGUCUGCGGUUCAGCUCGUCCUCGUCCUCGUCCUCGUCCUCUUCGUCAUCGUCGGCGCCGGAACCAUCCAUACCCUCGCGAUCGCCCAACGCUUCCUCGACCCCAACCUCGACGCCCAGCACCUCUACCCUAGCUCGAGCGCAACAAAAGAAGCACAAGGCGAAAAAGACCAAGAGCUCCGCCUCAUCUUCCAUCUCCGCCUCGACGACCGCCUCCGCUCCCUCUCUCACCGUCGCCUCCUUGUCCCCGUCAACCCCUCCUCUCUCCUCCCUCCUUCCCCUAGGGCUCAAGACCCCCAAAGCAACCCACGAAGACCCAUCCGACGGUCUCGUUGUCGCUUUGACCUCGGCAGAACACUACGACACCGUCGCUUUGGUCAAAUCGCUCCAAUCGCUCGGCUUGUUGGAUCGAGCGAUCAACCUCUUGGGCGAAGCCGUCUAUUUGCCUCAAUGGUCCCCACCUUCGUUGGAUGGCCACCCAAAGGAGACGGGUCAGAUUUUUGUUUUCGAGUCGGGCACCAUCGUCAGUUGGGGUUUGUCGCAAGCCGGCACGGAAGCCUUCUUGAGGACCGUCAUCCGAGGGGGCGGAAACGCCUCGGGCCCAGCCUCGACAGUCGCUACAAACGCAUCAACCAAAGUCGAGACAAUCCUACGGGAGUCGACGAUUGGAUGGGUCGAGCAAGGGAGGUAUAACGAGUUCGAGACCGAGGUGUUGGAGUAUUGGAAGGGCAAGAGGUCAGUCUUAAAUUUUCAGAGUCGUGCCGUGAAGAAUUUGCCCGUUUUGACACCCCUGAAUUCACUUCGCUCCUCCUCAGUCAAACCCGAAUGCAGGGUGAUGCGAUCCACCUUUCCGGAUCCUUAAUGGAGAUCUCCUCAACAACAUCCCCCCAAUCGACUCCUUCGCGCCCGUCCAAAGACCUCCUCGCACGCCUCGCCUUCUCCGCCGGUAUCGCGCGUGUAACCAAGUUGGGCGUCUACGAAGAAGCCUUCGACACCUUCGCCUCGCACGUCGCUUCGAUUCCCAAACUCCUCGAAUCCGGUUCCGAAGCACCUGUGCGUAAGACCGAUAUCAUCAAACGCGUCGGCACCCUGCACGGCUUUCGACAAAAGUUGAAUCUCGAGGAUGAGAACCUCUUGGACGAACCCGAAUUCUUGUGGGAUGAUGAGAAGUUGCAUGGGUACUAUACGAGCGUUUGUAAAGCGCUUGAAUUUGAUUCAAGGUUAAGGAAUCUGAACGAUCGCGUCGAUUACGCGUUCCAGUUGCAGAGUGAGUGCCUCAAGGGAAGCUAUGCUUGCGAGCUGUGCAAUUCCAGCUUACUCGCUACGGGUCCGACUACAGGCACUCUGAUGGAAUUGCUCAACACCAAGACGUCCCAUCGCUUGGAGUGGAUCAUCAUCCUCUUGAUCGCGUUCGAGAUCACUAUCGUCCUGAUACGCGAAGGCGUAGGACUGUUCCACGGCGGCGGGGAGGACGAGGAGCCGAGAUCUCGCCAGAAGAAGCUCAAGGCCGAGGAAACUGUCGUCGCUUAG